AUGACACAAGAGAUUUAUCGGGUCCUAUCUGAAGGAAACUUUGACAAAAUUUCUAAACCACCAACAAUAAAAGAAAUUCAACAAGUGUUGAAAGAUCCUAACAUCUGCAAGAUUGGGUUGUAUGGGAUUGAUGGCGUGGGCAAAACAACACUGAUGAAGGAGCUAGCUAAAGAAGUCCUGAAAGAUGGUUCUUUUGAUGUUGUAGCUAUGGCUGAGGUAACUGAUUCUCCAAAUGUGGAAAAUAUUCAAGGCCAAAUUGCUGAUGCCUUGGCUUUGAAAUUUGAUGAAGAGACUAAAGAAGAGAGAAUGCAAAAAUUGCGUGGAAGGAUAAGCAAGGAGAAGAAUAUUCUUGUUAUUUUGGAUGAUAUUUGGGGGCAAGUUGAUUUGGCAGAACUGGGGAUUCCUUUUGGUGAUGACCAUAAAGGAUGCAAGUUAUUGUUGACGUCUGAACGUCUUAAUGUUCUUAAACGUCAAAUGGGUACUCAAAAUAAUUUUAGACUUGAGGUUCUAUCUGAUGAGGAUAGUUGGAAGUUGUUUGAGAAGAUUGCGGAUCAAGCAAUCAAAUCAAUUUCCACAAACAAAAGUGUUGUCGAAUUGGAUGAAAUAAAUUCCAUUGUACAAAAUGUGCCUAAGUGCUGCAAUGGUUUCCCCCUUUUUAUAGUUGUUGUAGCAAAGGCUUUAAGAACAAAGGACCUCUCUACAUGGAAGGAUGCUUUGAAGCAAUUGAAAGGGAUGAAUGAAAAGGGACAUUUUGAAAAAGUUGUGUGCCCUUUGGAAUUAGGCUAUCGUUAUUUAGAAAGUGAUGAACUGAGGACAUUGUUCUUAUUCAUUGUUUCACUUGGACCUGGCCGUAUACACACUGGAGAACUAUUUUCAUGCUAUUGGGGGUUAUAUGGAGAUUCACACCAAUUAACAAAGGCAAGAAAUAAUUAUUACAAAUUUAUUGAUGAUCUUAGGGCAUCUUCAUUGUUGCUUGAAGUGGAAAUUGAGUAUGUUAGAAUGCAUGAUAGUGUUCGUGACACGGCCAAAGCAAUAUCCUCAAGGACUCACCUGACUUAUGAAGUACCAAAGUUUACACAAAAAGAACAAUGGGAUAUAGAUCAACUUAAAAAAUGUCAUUAUAUUAAUUUGCCUUGUUAUAGUUUAGAUGAGGUUCCUAAGAAGCUAGAUUGUCCAGAGUUGAAGCAAAUGUCACUGAAAAGUAAUCUUGGCCAAUUGACAAUCCCUGAUAACUUUUUUGCUGGGAUGGGAGAAGUGAAGGUUCUUAAUUUACAUCGAAUGAGCUUUGCGCCUUCCCCACCUCCUUCUUUUCGUCUCUUGAAAAACCUUAGAUCAUUGAAUCUAUAUGAGUGUGUAUUGGAUGAUAUAACAAUGGUUGCAGAACUCACAAGUUUAGAAAUUCUCUCCCUUGAAAGAUCUAAACUUCAAGAGCUCCCAAAAGAAAUAGGGCAAUUGACUCGCCUUCGAAUGUUGAAUUUAACAAACUGCUAUCAGUUAAAAAGCGUCCCCAGAUAUCUUAUAUAUAGCUUAGUGUACUUGGAAGAGUUGUAUAUGGGGAAUUGUAAUAUACAAUGGGAGGCUGAAGGAGUAGAAAGCCAAAGCAACAACCCAAGUCUAGGUGAGCUAAGGAAAUUGGACCGGCUUACAACUUUGGACUUGUCAAUCCAUGAUGCUUCAGUUUUACCUACAGAUAUGGAUGUAUUUAAACAGCUACAACGAUACAACAUAUCUAUUGGCAAUAUGUGGAAGUGGUCUUCAUUUUGGUCUUGCGAUGCUCGGGAAAUUUCAACAACUCUUAAGCUUGUUGACUCUUUGAAUACAGAGAUUUUUUUAAACCAUGGGAUACAAAUGCUAUUCACUACAAUUAAGGACUUGAGCUUAGCUAAAAUUAACUUUUCUGAUGAUGUGUUUUAUGAACUGAAUAGGGAAGCUUUUCAACAUUUGAGACAUUUAUAUGUCCAAAACAACACUGAUUCUCUGGAAUCUGCAUAA